CGCUUGCGCAGACUUCAUGUGGACCGGUAUUUAUUUUAGCUUCUUGUGCUACACACAUGCUGUCAUGCUGCCCAUGUGCACCAUAUAACUAAAGGAAAAGCUCUUUAUAUCAGUCCGUUCACAUUAAAACGCCUAGUUUCGCUCUUGUAUAAAAUGGCGAAGGAUGGUGCCGCGAAACUGUCCAAAAAUCUCCUGCGGAUGAAGUUCAUGCAGAGAGGCCUGGAUGCAGAGGCGAAGAAACAGCUGGAUGAGGAGGAGAAGAGGAUCAUCAGUGAUGAGCACUGGUUCCUGGAUCUGCCUGAGCUCAAGGCCAAAGAAAACUACAUCAUUGAGGAGAGAAGUUACGUUCCCUGUGAGGAUUUGGUUUAUGGCAGAAUGUCAUUCAGAGGCUUCAAUCCUGAAGUUGAGAAAUUAAUGUUGCUAAUGAACACGCACAAAGAGGAAGAGGACGAAGAAGAGGACGACAAUGUGAGCAGAAUGGAAACUGAUAUUACAGAUGAAGAGAUGGCUAGAAGAUAUGAAAGCUUGGUUGAGAGCAUGAGAAAAAAGUUUGCCAAGAAAAGAAAUCGCUCCACAAUUACUAAGAGUGAAGCGGACGUCAACUGCAAUGAUGCUGAUAAUCAACCCAAAAAGGUGUUCCUGAAACCUCAGGACUGAGACAUUUUAAUCACGCAUCUGCGAUUUAUAUAUAGAUGUUUAUUUUUAUGCAUUGGACAUUUUUUAGAUUUUUUUUUUCUCUUAUUUUUAUGUUUAAAGACAACAACAUGCAUCAUUAUGGAAAAGGUACAAGUGUAUGGAUUUAUUUGAACAUCCUUAUGUAUACUUUUUCACAAUUAAAUGUACCAACCUAGAAAACAAAAGUAAAACAUUGACCUGGAUGUGAAUGACCAGUGCUUUAAAAAUGCCUGAGAACCCAAUGAAGGCUUUAUGAUCAUUAGA